AAUUUUUUUCUUUCUGGGAUUCAAUUUCAGCAACAAUGGUGACCAGAAGGGUAAAUCUUCGAUCCGAUACGGUAACAAAACCAACAGAGGCAAUGAGGGCAGCAAUGGCCACAGCUGAAGUCGAUGACGAUGUUUUGGGAGUUGAUCCAACCGUAUUCUGGUUAGAAUCGGAAGUCGCGAAGAUAAUCGGCAAGGAAGCCGCUCUAUUCGUCUCAUCAGGCACCAUGGGUAACCUCAUAAGUGUUCUUGUUCAUUGUGACAUAAGAGGAAGUGAAGUCAUACUCGGAGACGAUUCCCAUAUCCAUAUUUACGAGAACGGUGGUAUUUCAACGAUCGGAGGUGUACAUCCGAGGCCGGUGAAGAACAACGAAGAUGGAACAAUGGACAUCGAUUCGGUUGAAGCUGCGAUUAGAGACCCGAGAGGAGAGCUUCUGUACACAACUACUAGGCUCAUUUGCUUGGAAAAUGCACAUGCCAACACUGGAGGUAGAUGCUUGUCUGUGGAAUAUACUGACAGAGUCGGCGAGCUCGCUAAGAAGAACGGUUUAAAUCUUCACAUCGACGGGGCUCGAAUUUUCAAUGCCUCGGUCGCACUUGGAGUUCCUGUUAACAGGCUCGUACAAACCGCGGAUUCAAUCUUGGUAUGCUCUUUGAGUAAACAUCGUUAUUUAUUUCAGCAUCGGAUCAGAAUUGUCCUCCACCAUCAAAUUUCAUCAAGUGAUGUGCAAUACACUUUGUCAUGCUUUCAGCAAGCUUUCUCUGGAGGCAAGAAGAAAACGGAAACCGAUACUCUAACUAUUCGAUAA